UUUAUUUAUAUAUUUACAGAGAAUUUUCAUGUAUCACAUUUAAUUGCGCUUACUGGAAGUUAUGCUUAUUAACGUGAGUACGACCUUAGCGACUGCGUAACGAAAGUAUGAAAUAGUUUUAGUGGAAAGCCACUAGGAGCAGGGUCACCUCGAAGAGUUUCUAAAUCGGGCAUGGACUCGCCCUACUACUGUUUCAAACCUGUUUAGACUUUAUGUCGUAAGCUUGUUCUUUUCCAUUAUAUGUAAGAUCCGCAAGUUGUUGCAAGAACUGUUUAUCAAUUCAAGACGAAUUUAUGUUUCUCUGGAAGAAAAUACGUGCGUUCAUAAGUGCCAAUCGAAGUGAUUAUUACUGUAUCUUGUGAGGUAGUGUAAAGGGAAAAGGAGAUGCAACUAUGCUUCUAAGCAGAUGUUCCAAUACUCUGUGGGCUGUACGGUAUGUGAGGAAUAUUCAAGUAUUGUCGUCAAACCUCAAGUUGAACGAUUCUGAGAAAAGACCAAAUGUACGACACUAUAAAAACUUUGGUCACCGUCGGGACAAAGAAUUUCCAUAUAGGAUGAUCUCAGGAUUGAUCGUAGUAUUUAUAUUUUACUCAACAAUUAUUGAUUGGAAGUGGAUUAAGUCAAAGCUGUUUCGAAAAGUCGAUGCUGCUCAAAUAUUGCAGGAUGUAGAAGAGGCAAAGGAUAAGCAAGUAGAUUACGAACCUGAAGAGCCUAAAAAGAAAAAGAGCAAAAAGCAGAAAAUUGGAUUCCGUGACAGGAAGAUAAUAGAGUACGAAAAUAGGAUGAGAGCGUAUUCAACGCCUGAUAAAAUCUUUCGUUAUUUCGCGACUGUAAAAGUUACUAGCUUGGAGGGUACUGAGGUCUACAUGACGCCCGACGAUUUUUUAAGAGCUAUUACACCUGGCAUGAAACAACCAGACGGCCUCGGUUUAGAUAAGUACAGAAGAUAUGAUUGCAAGAAUAUUCAAACGAAGAUGGAAUUGGAAUUGGACAAGGACAGCAUUUUUUUCAAACUAGGCAGCUCCGGACUCAUUACAUUCUCAGAUUAUAUAUUUUUGCUCACUGUACUAUCCACAUCCAGGCGUCAUUUUGAAAUCGCAUUCAGAAUGUUUGAUUUGAAUGGUGACGGAGAUGUCGAUUCAGAAGAGUUUGGAAAAGUAGCAACUCUCAUUCGUCAGCAGACCAGCAUUGGAAACCGACAUCGUGAUCACGCCAACACUGGCAACACCUUUAAAGGCGUUAAUUCAGCGCUGACCACGUAUUUUUUUGGACCCAACUUGAAGCAAAAAUUGACUAUCGAGAAGUUCUUAGAUUUCCAGGAACAGUUGCAGAGAGAAAUUUUGAUCCUAGAGUUCGAGCGGAAGAACCCUGAUGACAACGGGAACAUCUCCGAGGUAGAUUUUACAGAAUUAUUAUUGGCGUAUGCUGGAUAUCCUGAGAAGAAAAAGGCUCGUAUGUUGAAGAGGGUGAAAAAAGCUUUUAAAGACUGUUCAAAGGGUGUCAGCGAAGAGGACUACUUGAAGUUCUUCCAUUUUCUCAAUAAUAUUAACGACGUAGAUACUGCUUUGACGUUUUACCACAUAGCUGGUGCAUCGAUCGAUCAAGCUACCCUAAAGCACGUUGCGAAAACUGUGGCACAUGUAGACCUCAAUGAUCAUGUUAUUCAAAUCGUAUUCACAAUCUUUGACGAGAAUUUGGAUGGUCAAUUGAGCAAUCGUGAAUUCGUAGCAGUGAUGAAGAACAGAAUGCUCCGAGGUCUGGAGAAACCAAAAGAUACUGGAUUCAUCAAGCUAAUUCAGUCUAUAAUUAAAUGUGCGAAAAACUCAUCCGCUGUGCCAUUUGACAAAUAAUAGUGCAUCUCAUAGUAUUAUAAAAGUGUUCUGUACAUAAAACUCUCUGUGCGCUAAUUUAUAGGGAAUGCCGUCUCUGUUAUUGUUAAAUGUUAACAUCACCGAUAUCUAUUCUGAUGUCCUAAUGAUACUUGUCUCCGUUCCUACAUACUUAUUUAUGAAACAUUGUAUAAUGUCAUAAGUUACCAUUUUGAUGUACCUUGUACAGGGAACGUCAUGUGCAACGUAAUCAUUUUAUUGUAUUAUGAAUAUUAAGUUGCAUUUAAUACAGCAGUACCUAUGUACUAUGAAUA